GAUUAUUUUUUUUUGUUUUAUUUUUAUUCACGUAGCAGUCAGUGUAGACUAAACUGCACAGUACUCGAUAUGGAUUGUAAAGGAUUCUCGUUGACGGCGCUACUGACGGCUUUUUGUUUCUUUGUGGUGAUGGCGGACACCGUCUAUACUGACCUGAGCUAUUCUUUUCCAGAAGAGAUGAAACGCGGAUCUGUGAUUGGAAAUAUAGCCAAGGAUCUGGGGCUCGAUGUGAACAGAUUAUCAGCUCGUAAGGCUCGCAUUGAUACAGAAGGUAACCGAAAACGUUACUGCGACAUUAAUGUGAAUACUGGAGAACUGACUGUAGCAGAAAGGAUUGACAGAGAGGGGCUUUGUGGAAAGAAGGCGUCAUGCGUUAUAAAACAGCAGUUAGUGCUGGAAAACCCAUUAGAAUUGCAUCACAUCAGCUUACAGGUUCAAGACAUAAAUGAUAACUCACCAAAAUUUGAGGAAGAUGCUAUUAAAAAAGACAUUAGUGAAUCGGCAGACAAAGGAGCCCGCUUUUUAUUAGAGGAGGCUAGUGAUGCGGAUAUUGGCCAGAACUCGGUCCAAUCCUACACUUUACAAAUUAAUGAGCACUUUGUUUUGGCGGUUAACACAAAUUCAGACGGUGGAAAAUACAGUGAGUUAAUCUUAGACAAAGAACUGGAUCGUGAGCGUCAACAGGAGCUAACAUUGAUUCUGACUGCAGUUGAUGGCGGGACUCCACCGAGAUCAGGUACUGUAGCCAUACAUGUCACUGUACUGGAUGCUAAUGAUAAUGCUCCAGUGUUUAGUCAGCCUGUUUAUAAGGUCAGUCUGCCUGAAAAUACUCCGUUAGAAAGUGUAGUGGUUACUGUGAGCGCUACUGAUGCUGAUGAGGAUCAGAAUGGUGAAAUCACCUAUGUAUUAGGCCACAUUUCUGAGGAAGACAAGAGACUAUUUGCUCUUAAUCGUAAAACGGGAGCGAUCACGGUUACUGGCCAAAUAGAUUAUGAGGAUGAAUCAACGUAUGAGUUAAGAGUACUGGCAAGAGACGGGCCUGGUUUAACUUCAUAUUCAAAAGUUAUUAUAGAAAUUAUGGAUGUGAAUGACAACGCUCCAAGUAUUGCUCUCAAAUCUCUGAAUAAUCCAGUUCCUGAGAAUGUCCAGACAGGUACAGAGGUGGGCAUCAUUAACGUGCAGGACAGGGAUUCUGGAAAUAACGGACAGGUUCAUUGUUCACUUCAGCAAAAUGUUCCAUUUAAACUCGUUCCAUCCAUUAAAAAUUAUUAUUCUCUGGUGACAACAGGUGAAUUAGACCGAGAGCUCGUAUCUGAUUAUAACAUUACAAUCACUGCUACUGAUGAAGGCUCUCCACCUUUAUCCUCCUCUAAAACUAUUCAUUUAUCAGUAGCUGAUGUGAAUGACAAUCCACCUGUAUUUGAGGAGCAGAUUUACAGCGCUCAUGUGAAAGAAAAUAACAAACCAGGCUCCUCUGUUUGUACUGUAGCAGCAACAGACCCGGACUGGAGACAGAAUGGUACUGUAGUUUAUUCUCUUCUACCUUCUGAUGUCAGUGGUGCUCCAGUAUCCUCAUUUGUAUCCAUUAAUGGAGACACAGGUGUUAUCCAUGCAGUGAGGUCUUUUGAUUAUGAGCAGUUGAAAAGUUUCAAAGUGCUCGUCUUAGCCAGAGACAACGGUUCUCCUCCACUCAGCAGUAACGUGACUGUGAGCGUCUUCAUAAGUGAUGAGAAUGAUAACUCUCCACAAAUCUUAUACCCCUCUCCGGAAGGAAACUCCUUCAUGACUGAGAUGGUGCCCAAAGCUGCCCAGUCAGGCUCUCUGGUGUCCAAGGUGAUCGCAGUGGAUGCGGACUCUGGUCAAAACGCGUGGCUUUCUUAUCACAUAGUGAAAGCGACUGACCCAGGACUUUUCACUAUUGGUGAACACAGUGGAGAAAUCAGGACGCAGCGGGACAUUUCUGAAUCUGACAGUACAAAGCAGAAUCUCAUUGUUUCAGUCAAAGAUAACGGACAGCCUUCACUUUCUGCAACCUGCGCCGUCUAUUUACUUGUUUCUGAUAACUUGGCUGAGAUUCCUGAACUGAAAGACAUGUCUUAUGAUGAGAGCAGCUCCAAACUGACUUUUUAUUUGAUCAUCGCGCUGGUGUCCGUCUCCACCUUCUUCCUCACCUUCAUCAUCGUCAUCCUGGCCGUGAGGUUUUGUCACAGGAGGAAGCCCAGACUGCUGUUUGAUGGAGCUGUGGCCAUUCCCAGCGCGUAUCUCCCUCCAAAUUACGCAGAGGUGGAUGGAGCGGGAACUCUCCGCAGCACCUACAAUUACGAUGCUUAUCUGACCACAGGAUCACGAACCAGUGAUUUUAAGUUCGUCACUUCUUAUAAUGAAGGAACCCUGCCUGCUGACCUGACUCUGAAGAAGACUCAAACGUCUGUCGAUGAUCUCGAAGGAUUAUGCACUACUAAUGACUCUCAGGUAUGGCCGCUUAUUUUCAUGAGUUGUUGA